UAUUGUCGCACAUAUUUAGAAGAUACUGAAGAUGAAAUAAUACAAUUUUAGAUUUAUUUAUUCAUGGAGAUUUUCAAAAAUUCUAUUCAAAAUGCCAAGAUUCGAUUUGACAUAGUUGCACUAGUAGCAGCCGUAAUCGUUAUUCUUAGUAUAUGGUAUAUAAAAGGUUUCACCUUAAAUGAUAUUGGACAGUAUAUUUCUAUGUAUGAAAAUUCAACACUCUGGGAUUUUAAUGAAACAUUUAUUUACUAUCCGGACUUUAAAACCUUCAAAACAGAUGUUAUUAGUGGACGUGUUCAGCUGAACAAGACUAAAAUGCAUAAUAUUGUCAUAUAUGGUGAAAUGUUGGCAAGCAUUAAUAAAGAUGUGAGAAAUUGUGCGGUGAACAAUUGUCUCAUACACACUGACUCACUUUUGUGGAUUAACGCCAGCCUUAUUUUAAUUCCAAACAGAAUAUUUCCUAGAGGAAAACGUCCUGAACACCAGGCUUGGGUAGCCUACGACUAUGAAUCUCCAAUACACAGUCGAUUAAGCUAUGACCUUAAUGAUAAAAUAAACUUUACUGCAACUUACAGAUUCGACUCCACUAUUCGCACUCCUUACGGAAUGUAUACCCCAAAUCCUUUGGCCAAUAAAGACAAAGGCAACAACACUAAACUCAGUCGAUUAGAAAAUGUGGCUGCAGGAAAACAUAAGGCAGUUGCUUGGAUUGUAAGUAACUGUCAUCCGCAUAGUCUCGAAAAUCUUAUGCUGAUGAAUUGGCUAAAUACAUUACGUAAAUGAACUUCUGUGAAUAAAAAAGAGAAGCGCUAACAAUACUAUAAUUUCAUUUAUCAGGUUGACGUGUAUGGUGGUUGUGGUCGAUUUUCCUGUGGUUCAACGAAUUGUUUUACUAUGCUACGCAAACAUUAUAAAUUUUAUUUAAGUUUUGAAAAUUCACUCUGUAAGGAUUAUAUAACCGAGAAGUUCUUCUUCAACGCUUUAAUGAACAAUGUUCUGCCUAUUGUAAUGGGAGCUUCAAUUGAAGAAUAUACAAAAGUUGCACCACCUCAUUCUUUUAUUCACGUCGACGAAUUUGAUAGUCCCAAACAGUUGGCUGAAUAUUUAAAAUAUCUUGAUAAGAAUGAUACUGCCUAUAAUGAAUACUUUGCUUGGCACGACAAAGGUGUCGUGAGUAUGUGGUCGUCGAAACCAGAGUGUGAAUUCUGUUUACUGGCCAACGCUCUUGAGUAUUUGAGACCGACAAGUCAAGAGAAUUUUUCAGUCUGGUGGAGGAACGGGUGCACUGGGAGAAAACUAAGAUGGAAGCAAAACGAAUGAAGCAGUGGAGAAACAGUCAGUCAUCAGACUGCAAUCAGAAUUAUGCAGACGUUUUGACCGGAGUAUAAGUCUUUCAUCUUUAUUAAGUUGUACAUUUUGUUUGUUUGCUAUUUUUUAAGCGUUACUCAAAUAAAAGUUAUAUUUCAGUGGAAUAUAACACUGUAAACUUCUUUGUAAACAUGUCAUAUACAAUCCAUUUGAGAUGUACCAAAUGCAUAUUAUACGUCUUCCUAUAUACGCACACACUUAUUGCACCUCUAUUGCUUUUCUUCUCUUUGAAUUGUAAAGCUGUGAAUAAUAAAAAACAGCCUAAUGUAUCAAUCUGUCUAUCUGGAUUCAACAUAGAACUUGG